CGGUCACACUCUUCUGUGUAUCAGAGCUGUUGUUGAUUUUUUGUGCAGAAAACUUUUGGCUUCCCCUGCAUUCCUUGAAAACCCCACUGCAUUGUGUAAUUUGGACAUCACGUAGACCGGGGGACCACGAGGAACGCGGGCGCACUUAGCUGAGGCAGGAGCGCAGUACAUGGACUACGAGAAGCUGGCGCUGAACGCAAGCGUAGGCAGCGCAGUCGGCGGCGGCGGCGGCAGCGGAAGCGGCGCCGAACAGGAUUCGAGCAUGUGCGGGGGGCAGGAGAUGCUCGAUGGCAGGGCCAAGGAGAAGGCGCGCCGGUACUGGACGCCCAGCGAGGAGGAGCGACUGUACGAGAUCUGGGGACGCGAUAAUUGGCGGCUGACGCGGACCGGCAAGAACACCAUCUUCUUUGGCAAGUGGGCAGAAGAGCUGCGCGAGCGGUAUGGUGUGGACGUUAAGCCGGAGGAGAUCCAGAUGAAGGUCAACCAGACCAGGGCCAAGUUCAGACAGGUAAAGAAAAACCUGCAGGCAGAUCCCACCAGCUAUGCCACGCGAUGGAAGAAGUAUGACAUUAUAAACCGGAUCCUGAAGAACCUGCACAGGCCCAAAAACGCCGAGCCACUGCCACCAGAGGCGUUGCUCAAUAACCGCGAUAUGACUCCGCCCCGGGAAGACGGAUCAAUGGAUCAGCUGCCGUCGCAACAGCAGCCACUUCAGCAGCAGGCGGUUCAGCAGCAAGGCAUUGUGCUGGCUGCCGAGCCACCUGCCGCCACCUUCUACAACAGCAGCAGCAACAGCAACCAUGGCAGCAGCCACAACAAUAACAACAGCGGCGGCAUGAGUUUCAGCACAGAGCUGUUCACGGAUCAGUAUGACGAGGUGGUCAAGCAGGAGUACGAGGACGAUGAGUACCGCUCGCUGCCCUUCCAAGAGCAACUGCAACAGUAUUCGCCAGCCGAGCCGGCCCAGCUGCUCGAGUUGCAAACGCCACAACAGCAGCAGCAGCAUCAACAGCAGCAGCAGCAACAGCAGUAUCAGCCCGGCUAUGAGCAGCAUCAGUUUCAACAGCAACCGGCUCACUUUGCCAACAACAAUAGCGGCACCAUCAGUGCCGUGGCCACGUCGAGCAUCAACCAUCAGCCCAUUACUGCGGUGGCCUACAUAAACAGCAGCAAUAACACGAUCAGCGUGGCCACAAACUCCAAUGGCGGCAUGCCGGCUCCAGUUCCAGCAGCAGUAGUUCCAGCACAAGCUCCUUCCCCGGCUCCUGCUCCGGUCAGCAAUCCGAUCCCCAAUUCGUCCGUCGUAGGCGUCUCCCCUGUUCCCGUGCCACGAAAGCGCGGUCGCCCGCACGGCUCGGUCAAUCUACCGGCGGCCGACUCCCUGGAAGCCCUCUACAUGGAGGAGGUACGACGGAAGAACAAACUGCUGUACGAGCAGACCGAGAUCUCCCGCCAGCGGCUGGAGUUGGAGAGGCGCAAGGUUGACCUCUUGCAGUCCUUCUUUCCCAAGUGUCUCGAGCAGCAGACGCAGAUUCUGAGCCGCAUAAUGCAGCUCUCCCAGCAGCAGCCACACCAGCCGGCGUCCCAUCAGCAGCUGCCAGCAGCCGGUCGGCCGCAGUGAGAAUCAUUUUUGGACUUUUAAAAACUAAUUUCUGGACUGCAUGACAAAUUGUUUCCCUUUGUGGGUGCUGCACUGUGCUGAUUCAGUGUGUCCCCUUUUAAAUCAGAAACACAUAACUUAACAAACGAAAACAAACAUGCUUCACUGUUUAUAAGAUUUACGAUAAACCUAAUAAAUAAAUAAAUAUAAAA